UAGCAACCAGGUGCUGGGCCCAUGGCACUCUUAACAGCCCAAGGAGUGAAAGAAGUCUUCCAACUUCAGAAAGCAGAAGGGCGGGAGCACCUGCGACGACUGCUGAACUGGGAAGAGUUUGACGAACUGAGAGACUCCCGCAGAAGCAUCCUGCUGGACACCCUCUACGAGAGCAUCGUCUUCGCGGGGGGCAAAGGCUUUCCGUGGGUGGGCGUGGCUCAGGUAGCCAAGUUCACCGAGGAGCUGCUCCAGGAAACCAAAGGCUGCUCCAUCACUGAGGCUGUGACGAUCCUGGGGGGCAAGCUCAGAGAUUACCAGGGACAGUUCAACACUACCCACCUGCUGGCCCUCUGCAACUACAUCCACAACACCUUCAUCUGCCACUACAAACUCUACCAGUAUGUUCUAGUCCAGGACCGAGAAGUCAACUUGACAGUCACCCACCUGGAAGUGUGCUCGCCACCCCAGCCCCUCCCACUGGCCAAGGGCAUGGACAGGGAAGUCUGGAAGCACGAGCAGCAGGUGUCUGAGCUCUCGAUGGCGGAGGUGCAGAAGCGCACCAACGUGCUGCUCCUGAAGGAGGCGCUGCACCUGGAGCAGGAGCACAUGCUGCAGAAGACAUUCGAGGACGUGCCCUUGCAGCAGAGCCAUGUUCUGAAGACAGAGGAGUUAGAAAACCUGGUCAAAGAGGCCCUCCGCAUCCAGAUCGCAUGCCUGAAGGAGCUGCUGCAGUAUGAGAUUCAGAUCACUUUCGAUAUCUUGGACCUGAAGCUUCAGAAGAAGACUUUAAGCCUCAACCCUCCUAUCCCCUUCCCUCCCUUAGGCCCUGGCCAACCAGGCCAAGAUGAAUCCGUUAAGUCCCCCAAGGCAAACAAAGAAAUGAAAGCAAAAGCAAAGAAGUAA